AUGACGCCACAACGCUCUGUCAAAGCUGCAGGGCUGGCGGCGGUUUUACGAUUUUUGUUGCUGACUGAUGAGAAAGAGCCCCUGGCGAUGCUUCACAGCUCCCGGGUACUCAGCACUUCCACUCCACAGCAUCGUCUACGGCCAGAAUGCCGUGCCCCGCCUAGAUCAGCGUCUCAGGCCACCUCCACUGACACGUCUUGCGCCGCAGCUUCCGUGGACCUCGAUGAGUGCAUCUCGCGCCUCUACAAGAAAGAGCUUCUCGCCGAGUCGGUCAUCGAAGCGAUAUGUGCCAAGACCAAGGAGCUGCUGAUGCGCGAAAGCAAUGUGGUCCACGUCCGCGCCCCUGUUACCGUUGUCGGUGACAUCCACGGCCAGUUUUACGACCUGAUCGAAAUAUUCAAGAUUGGCGGCUGGUGCCCAGACACAAAUUAUCUCUUCCUCGGCGACUAUGUCGACCGAGGCAUGUUCAGCGUCGAGACGAUUUCUCUUCUUGUGUGUUUAAAACUGAGAUACCCCAAUCGCGUCCAUUUGAUACGAGGAAACCACGAGUCACGAGGCGUGACGCAGUCGUACGGCUUUUACACGGAAUGCUCGCGCAAGUACGGCAAUGCCAAUGUCUGGCACUAUUUCACCGAUAUGUUCGACUUUUUGACACUCAGCGUGGUCAUUAACGACCAGAUAUUCUGCGUCCACGGGGGUCUCUCCCCCUCCAUCCACUCGAUUGACCAGAUCAAAAUCAUCGACCGCUUCCGCGAGAUCCCACACGAGGGCCCCAUGGCCCGACCCUGUUCUGGUCCUGACCCGGACCCGGAGCGCGACGAGUUUCCCCUAUCCCUGCGGCGAGCCGGCUACUCGUUUGGUGUGCAGGUGGUGAACAAGUUUUAG